AUGUCGGUGCCGCAUCUCUCUCACAGGCACGUGGGGGACGAGUCGAGGCUGGAAGGGAGCGCUUCCGAUGUCAAGAAAGAUGGGCUGGGUCACCAGACGAGCUCUGCUGUGGAUGAGCAAGACCAAGGAUCUGGUUCGAGUCCCAAGAGCGACGAGCUCACAGCUCGGGGCGACACGACUUCAGCGUCCGAGCUCGCAGCGCAGCUGGGCGUGGAUGAGAGGAAGCUGAUGAGAAAGGUGGAUCUUCACCUCAUCCCAUUCUUGAGCUUGCUAUAUCUCUUUAGCUUUUUGGACAGGAGCGCCAUCGGCAAUGCCAAAUUGUAUGGAUUGGAAGAUGAUUUGCAGAUGCAAGAUACGGAUUUCUCCAUCGCUGCUGCCAUCUUCUUCAUCCCUUAUGCUCUGUUCGAGGUGAGUCACGAGUGGGUUUGCACAUGCUUCCUCAUCGCACUCAAACUUCAUGCUCAUUGCCGUACCUGAUCGACGGCAGGUGCCAAGCAAUAUUCUGCUCAAAGCUUUCAGACCCUCCAUCUGGUUUCCCAUCAUCACGAUGCUCGUAGGAUGCGCCAUGCUCUCUCAGGGCGUAGUGUCUAGCUAUGGAGGCUUGCUCGCCGCCAGAUUCUGCUUGGGUGUGGUGGAGGCGGGUCUGUUCCCCGGUGUCAAUCUGCUCCUUUCUGGCUGGUACAAGAGGUCGGAGUUCGGAUUGCGGUGAGUGCAUGCUCAGCAGUCCUAAGCCAGGCUUGGCGUGAUGCGGAGCACUGAUACUGUCUGACUUCUUUACUCUGCAGAGCUGCGCUCUUCUUCUCCGCUGCUACCAUUUCCGGAGCGUUCGGUGGGCUGCUGAGUGCUGCUAUACACAACAUGGACGGCAUCGGAGGCUACGCGGGAUGGCGCUGGAUCUUCAUUGUGAGUGCACUGCCAUCAUCUCUGCACAGGGUCGGUCCGCGCGACCUAGCUCGCCAUGCAUGUGAUUGCGCCCUGCUUACUUCCUGUUGUGCUCUUCUCAGAUCAUUGGUCUGGCGACUUUUGUCAUCGGAGUUCUUUCCUUCUGGUUGGUACACGACUUUCCAGAGACUGCUCGCUUCAUCACGGAAGGCGAGCGUCGAGUCAUCAUCAAGAGGUUGCAGUGCGAUCAGCAGCUCAGCGCUUCUGGGGAGCGCUUCACAUGGGCUUCGGUCGGUAAAGGCUUUGUGGAUAUAAAGACAUGGGUCGGAGCUCUGGCCUACAUGGGCUGGUAAGUUGCGACUUGCGCGGUAUUGGGAUCGAGAUGAAGCGCUCAUGAACUCUUCUUCCUCCUGCCAUUCGCCCACUCUUCGCAACGCUCAGCGACGGGCCAUUAUACGCUUUUUCCACCUUUACGCCCACCAUCAUUCGAGAAUUGGGAUACCAGGCGACCAGGGCGAACCUGCUCAGCGUCCCCAUCUACGUCAUCGGCUGUCUAGUGACCAUCCUAGUAGGAUUUGUGGCCGACCGAAGAGGCAACAGAGCCAUGCUCAAUGUAUUGAUCCUUGGCAUUGGGAUCGCCGCCUACAUCGUCUUGGCAGCUUCUAGGCUCACGGGCCUCAGCUACGCGUUUAUCUACCUCGCUGCUAUCGGUAUCUAUCCGGCCAUUCCCAACACCAUCUCUCUUACCAUCAGCUCGGUUGAGGGAAGUUUCAAGAGGAGUGUAGUCAGCGCUGUCGUGUGAGUGAUGCGUGAUCACGAGUUGCGCAAGGCAGAGCAGUAGACGUCAUCCAGCACUGUUGGGGCUCAUGCAUCUACUCUGCGCCUCCUUGCCUGCCCUCUCUGCACCCCUCGCAGUAUAAGUUGGGGUAAUUUGAAUGGCGCAGCAACUACGAACGUCUACAGAGCACAGGACCAACCUUGGUAUCCGCUCGGACACGGUCUCAUUGUAAUGUACAUCGUGAUCGGUAUGCUCUCCAAUCUGACCUACGUCUACCUGGUCAAGAGGGAGAAUGCAGCGAGGGAGCGAGGAGCAAACGACGAGAACAUUCUCGAUGAUCCUUCUCCUCAAGGUGUCGAAAGAGCUCAGCAGAUCAGGACGGAGGAGAUUGCCAAAGCUACGGGUUGGAGAAAAAUCAAGAUGAUGUUUCAUGAAGCUCCUGGUGGGACUUAUGCGACUAGAGAAGAGGCGGCUAGACUCAAGGGCGAUGCUUGGAGUGGAUUCAGGUACAGCUACUGA